AUGGUGGCACCUAUGGAUAUCACAUUUUUAGGGACUGGCAGUGCUCAGCCAAGUGCAACGAGAAACCAUCAAGCCAUCGCAUUACGUGUGGAUGGCGAUAUAUGGCUGUUUGAUUGUGGAGAAGCAACACAACAUCAGUUGCAAAAGAGCAACUUGAAAAUGGGAAAGAUCACUCGCGUUUUCAUUACACACAUGCAUGGCGACCAUUGCUUUGGUUUGGCUCCUCUUUUAUGUAGUAUGACAGACAACUUGAAUCUCGGAACUAGUGGCACUCAGAAGGAUCAGCAAGAACAGGUUCCUGUUGACAUUUACGGCCCAACGCCUAUCCGCUCUUGGUUGAGAACAACACUCAAAUCAACGUAUUCCAACCUGGGAAGACCUUAUCGAGUGCAUGAGCUCUUGAACAAGGAUGAUCCUGUAGAUCUAAAUGAAAAUCUUCACAACAAUGAAUUGCCCGGCGAGAACAUAAUGAUCAGCAACAAUGCUUUUACACUGCCCUUGUUUGCAUCUGCCGAGAAGGGCUACAGUGUACAAGCUGCGCCGAUUGAGCAUUCAGUCCCAUCUUUGGGCUAUGUGAUACGUGAACCCAACUGGCCCGGUAAAGUGAAUGCAUUGAUUCCCCUGAUCAAGAAGAACAUGGCUGCACUAAAAGAUCAAGGCAUAUCGAAUCCAAUGAGCUUACUAGGUCAACUACAACGCACCAAUGAACCAUACAAUUUACCCGAUGGACAGCAAUUAAUACCACCUCCCCUUCGUCCAGGUCGUCAGGUUGUGAUUCUCGGUGAUACCAAGGACCCUACACCUAUCCUAGCCAUAGCAGAUUCCCCCACCUUGCUGGUACACGAGGCUACCAACGCAUUGACUCGAUUGGACAAGGUGAAUGUCAAGGAAGACGCUAUUCCUACUUUUGAAGAAGUGGAGCAACGCACAAAAGACCAUGGGCACUCAACACCCCAAAUGGCAGCUGCAUUCGCUCUCAAGAUUAAAUGCAAAAAGCUGAUUUUAACGCAUUUCAGUGCUCGUUACAAAGGAGACGAAUCUCAAGAGGGUUUAGAGGUGAUGGAGGAAAUUAGGCAACUGGCUGUUGCUGUGUUUGACAAGCGAGAUCAAGAUAUAUACUGUGCACGAGAUUUGUGGUCCUACGAUAUCAAGAUGGAUUAA